CGGGUAGUUAGAAAUCUCGUUAUCGGCGCGUAGCUUGUAGUAUGUUGAAAUGAAAGAUCAGGGAUUGGCACUUCACCAGGAGUCUAAUAACAAGUCUGAGGAAAAAAUACAGAACAGAAAGCGUUCUGGUACGGGAUUGGAUAAAGCCGCCAGUGGCAAUAGUUCAGUCCAUGCACCCAUAACUUCGUCCAAUCGUCAUGAUCCAUUGGCUCAUAUCAUUCGUCUUUCAAAUAAUCCCAAAGUACCUCGUCCCCCGAAACGCCAUUUAUGCGAUAUGAUCCACGUUGAGCGUUAUGAGAAUGGUGGUGGUUAUGCUUUGCAUUCUUAUGCUGAUGAGUUAGCUCACCUUACAACUGAUGAAUUAGCUUUGUUGGCUCGAAAAUAUUUCAAGAUAUUAUUCACCGAGAGAAGAAAAAGAAGUAUUCGUGUCCCUUUUUCCCACUAUUGUAUCGGCGUUGUUCAUGGGGCUGCGAGAAGAAUGCCAGAACUGUUGUCAUACUUGUCAUCUGCCUAUCCUAAUCUCAAUAUUUCCACAAAUCCUCUUGAACAGAAAAAUGCAACCGAAACUUUAUCUCUUGCGCAGUAUGUGAAAAACGUUCAUAAAAGUUAUGCGAACGGCAUUUAUCGGUUCGGGCCGCUGCACGCAUUAAGUAUCGUUGGUGUUAAGGGUGAGGAACGUGGCGUUUUUGACAAAAGGCUCAUUGAGAUCAUUGAAAAAGAUCCAUUCCUAAAGCUUGUAACACCAUGGGGUGCUUUAUCGAGUUUGAGUGGGAUGGAUCCUCGGGAAAGUAACGAUGGACCUAUUCUAUGGUCUCGUCACGGAGAACAAACCAUUCCUUUGUUUCCAACUACUAUACGUAACAGGAGACGUGUUAUCGACGGUUGUAUUACAGACGUGGUUGUCGGUCGCCGCGCACUCAGUGGGCGUCAGAUAGCAGUUCAUGACAGAACUCCCUGCCACGCUGAUCAUGCAGAUGAUGGGUUAGCUCGUCAUACUACAGCAGCUGUUGGAUUAUUAAAAGCAGUAUAUCCCUGUCGACCUGGAGAAGAGUCGGAAUCGUCUGAUUCAUCUUGUAUCCUUCAUUCCGAGAGUGCUAACAGUGAUUCCAGUUCUAACACAAAUCCAUAUGCUUACAAGCUAAACCAGCCAGCUCGAAUAGUCAAAGAUGUUGUUGUAUUUGAUCCACGUCAUUAUGUUGAUCUGAUUGAACGAUUACGCUUAGAUAUUAUGGAACCUCCCGCAAGCCAGUGUGGCUCAUUUUGGGCGGAUGAUGGCGAACUUAAUCAACUGCGUUCCGAAGGCUUUCGUUAUGUUCGUCUACCUCUUCGUGAUAAUGAUAUUUAUUUUAUCCCACGAAAUGUUGUACAUCAAUUCAAAUCUGUUUCAGCUGUAUCAAGUAUUGCAUGGCAUGUUCGUUUAAAAAAUUAUUACGACCAACUACAACGUGAUGAUACAAGCGGAAUAUCUGAAAGGAAUAAUUCUAAUGUAAAAAAUCCCAUUCAUGCGCAUCAUUCAUCUAACUCCAGCAUACCAACUCCUGAGCUAUCUGUUAGCGAUAUAAACAGCGAUGGUAAUUUAAAAAAGUCACCUGGAAAUGUUCAUUCAUCAGUUAAUCAGUCAUCUAGCUGAAACGUAAUCAGAUUUUCUUGUAUUUUGUUUUAAUCAAUAAUAUUUGUUUUUUUGCAAAACAAGACUAAUAUUGUUAUACUUUAUAUUAUCGUUUGUAUAAUCCUCAACAUGGUAUCACUUUCAUUUAGGAUUAUCCUUAGCAUUGCUGUUAAAUAGCUUUGUACGCAUUUAUUACUUUUUACUGAACCUAUUUGCAAUGUUAUAUCAUCUUUACGUACCAUUUAAUUCUAGUUGUUUCGGAUUACUGUGAUUCUGUAUCUACUAGCUCCUUUUCUAUCCCUUUUCUACUUAAACGAGCGCCUCCAGGCACCAAAAAUCUUUUUGUACUAAUAUGAAUUUAUUUUAUGAGUUUCGGCUUGUUUUGUUUUCCUUACCAUGUUUAGUUUCAUCUAUUUUGAUUUUCUCUCCUAUGUCCCUACUUUCUGUUUGUUUUAAAAAAUAAAGUAAUUUCAUAAAUCUGCAUCAAAAAUUGUAUACGUUUGUGUAAAGUAAUGCAUUUCUGAAAUCCUUUUUU